UGUACAGAGGCUAUGGAACUGAUAUAAUCAUAGUGCUGUAAAUUUUGUGUUUUGCGUAGAGAGGAGGGAGAUGAUGUGGCAUCCGGGGUUUUAUAGGCGAGGCAGCUCAGUCAUUUUGGAUAGCCGGCUAACGGAUACAUGUUUUCUGUGUUGUGUCUCUUGUGUUCGAUUACAUUUAUUCUUACCAGUCUUUGAGUUCGAUGCUACAAUCCAAGCAUAGAUUCAAUCUGCAAGGACAUUUGUAAAGAGACGAAGUUUGCUCUGAAGGCAAUAAAAUAUUAGUAGAUGUGUCAGUAGACGGAACAACAAUCCAAUUUUCAUAUAUACACAAAGAGCAGAUGUAUCUUUACUAAAUGCUCAGUUUUGGGAGUCUAGGGAAGCCUAGACUAGUGAUUUCUGAAGGAAAACUUCGAAGUGCAUCAGGAUAGUUAUGACAUUUAGUUAAAGGCAUUUGUUCAAAAGCAGUGCAGAUUUGAAGCACGUUAGCUGAUAUUCAGUUCUAUGUCAAGGAAGGAAUUUGAGCCAAUCUACUUGGAAUGGAUUGGAUAAGGAAAGUUGGACUUGCAAUAACAUGUAUUGAAUUUUCUAGAAUCUUGGGAGGCCCGGCUGUGUUACCUUUGGAAGUCAUAGCACCGAUUGCUUUGGAAUAAGUUGUUGUGUGAAUUUUGUGACAUAUUCCAGGAGGAGUUGGGAUGUUGCAGUGAGAAGGCAAGCAAUCGAGUUGGUCCGGAAGCAGAUCUAAAAUCAUUUCGUUUAGAAGACCUCCUAUGCAUCCGAGAAAACAAAUAGAGGCGGAAUUAGACAGACUGAUUGAAAGAAGGAUUUUGGAGCCAUGGAAUAAUGCAUGCAUUAUGCGCUUUUCCACUGUCGAUGUUGUGAAGCAAUUACGAUCAGGAGGAGUAUGUGGAGACUUUAAGCCUCUCAACAAAUUUAUGGUGGUAGACCAGCACCUUAUCCUACAUCUGUUUGGUCUUUUCACUGUUCUCGCCGGAGGGCAAUAGUUCUAUAAGUUGUAUAUUUGUCAGAUGCGCAUAAUUAAUUGGCACUGGAUUUGGAGAGAAGUUUACUACUCCAAGGCCUGUUUAUAUUCUGUCGGUUGCCAUUUGGAAUUACCCCUGCUCCUGUUGUAUUUCAAAGAGUAAUGAAUAAAGUGUGAAUGGAUCUCGUGAAACCGCUAAUUUCUUUGAUGACAUUUGGUGACGAGGUUAGAUGAUGAAGAACACCUUAAAACUUGUCUCAAGUGUUUGAGGCGCAUCAGGGAUCAUGACCUUCGUUUGAAGGAAGAUAAAUCAUUUCUUCAGUCAUCCGUACAAUAUCUUGGUCAUGCAUAUGCGGCCUUUCAAGGAUAAGAUAAGAAACAUUUGAGAUAUGCCGAAUCCUACAAAUCAAGCCGAACUGUGUUCAUGCCUAUAGGAAUGGUUACUUAUUUCUUAAUUUUUUCCUAUGCUAUCUGAUCAUACAGCUCCACUUAAUUAUCUGUUGAGGAAAGAUGUGCCUUGGAUUUGGUCUAGUGUAGUCGCCAAGUCUUGCAACACAAUUCGGAAGAAGCUUUCACUGCCAGUUUUGAAAUUAGCAAUCCAGAUCAUUGGUUGUGUCCAGCAUGUGAAGCUAUAGUGAAAACAGAUUAGAAACGUGUGUAUCUCAACAUAAUUCUGAAAGACAAACCUGAAGAGCAAGUAAUCGAGUAUGCUUCAAGUUUUUAACGAAAGCUGAAGUAAACUAUUUCCUGAUAGAGAAAGUUUUGUCAAUUAUUUAUGGAAUUCAAACGUUUCGACAUUAUCUUCCGGGACGACAUUUCUCCUGAAGAACAGAUCAUAGAGAAUGGACGGACAGCUCUGCAUUAUGCUUGUCAGAAUGUUCAUUUGUCUGUUGUGGAGAAAUUAUUGUCAGCAGGUUGUAAGAAAGAAGCAAGGAAUGAUGAUGUGCCUGGUGUUAGAAUGCGUAAAGAACUGCCUCACUUGCGUGUCGGAGAUUGCCUCCAAGACCAGCAUCAUGGCAUGCCAAUGCUACCAAUUAUACCAAAAGCAACGUUUCAACAGCUGGUAGAGUCAGUGCGUGGUGUAUUGGACUUACCUCAAUUUGAAUGUCUACUGCUAGAUUUGGAGAAAACGAGAGACAUUGUAGAUCUUGGCGAUCUAGUCGUUAUCGAGCCAUUCUGGUUGUUUCAAUGUUUUCAUGCAACAUCGAUUGCCGUCACGUGUGCGCCAAGUCUAACAGCACGUUUGCAAGGUAGGCUCGUGGAUGUGCAUGGCACAGCGAAGGUCAACGAUAUUGUUGGUGCUGUUAAUCAUAUUCUUGGCAUGAACAACGCGCCAAAAAUCCAGCCAUCAAUGGCGGAAGCUAUCUUCUUACGCAUCAAGGUUUUCUGCUGCUUUUCAAGAAAUCCUGGAGUUCUUACCUUUCCUUCCCUUAUUCAACUUGGCAAGCCUGACGAUGUGUGGCUCAAGACGGAGCCUUCACCUUCUUUCCGUACAAGUGCCGUAUACGUAGGCAUUCGUCUCAAGUGUCAAUCAGACCUCAAAAUAUUGUCGCCUCACGUCAUGGCUCUAAUUCAGUGCGCAGCCGCUUCUCGACAGGACGAGAUGCGUGUUGUGAUGUGGAAGAAUGCAAUGCUAGCGAAAAGAAUCUGGAGCUCGAACGAGUCGAGGGUCGAAGCUCUUGUUUCCGUCAACGACAACUCGACGCCAAUACGAUCUGUUGAUAUCGUAGUACGAGGUGCAGCAUACUUUCAGUAUGAAAUCAAGAAAUUUCUUUCGGAAGUGGAGGAGUUGGUUAGAGAGGUAAUCAACGAGAGCAGUCCAGGAGCUCGUUUGGUGAAACGUUAUCUCAGUCGUCGCCACAUAACACAACAUAGAGACAUUCCUACGUCUUACUCACAAGAAGAAGUCGAUUUAGCUAAGAGGACUAAUAGAGUCGUGAUAGCUAAGUGCGAUUCAGAGAUCAUACAAGAAUCUCCGAUUGAUUUACUGGUUGUUGAUGAUGAUCAUAUUAUCUACAAAUUGCGACAGCUUGCGAACUACUGCAAGAGCUAUUGGCUGUCUUUAGGCUGCGUUUUGCUAGGAUAUUCCUCCGAGCAAGUGAUUGACUGUACGUUUCAUAUUAGAGACGAGUCGGACAAGUUUUGUCAUGUCUUGGAGACGUGGAUAAAGCAAAAAUGGAGAACUGCCACACUCGACGUUUUUCUCUCAGCUUGUGACGAACUUAAACUCAGACUAAGACAUCGAAUAGAAGAGGCCUUGAAGAUUGCAGUACAUUCCUUUGCUUCAGGCGUCGUUCAUAACGCAGGUCGUGCAGUAGUUCAAACGCGCGUGCAACGCCAGUUUCCUUGUCACGUAGUGCGAGAUGGAGAGCAAGCUUCCCAGAAUCUAGAUGUCCACGAAUCUAUCCAUGCUGCUACAGCAGGACCAGAAAUCCCUGCAGUAUGGCAUUACGAUCGAGACAGACACGGUGUUAGAAUCGAUGGCGGAGACAUCACAACGUACGAAGGUCGUCUAGAGACGUUCAAACGAUGGCCAUCGUGGGCGGCAUUUAAACCAGAAGAUCUAGCUAAGGAAGGAUUCUAUUAUACGGGCAUUCGUGACGAAGUCAGAUGCUUUAGUUGCGACGUACUCUUGAGACUACUAACUCCCAGCGACAUCAUAAGAGAAAGACAUAAAAGAUACUCUCCUAACUGCUCGUUUCUUCUUUCUCUUGAAGCGACUUCUUUCAAUGAUAUGCGAAUCGAAGAACACCGUCUAAGAACGUUUCAAAAUUUUCCGCCUUCUUGUCCAGUUCGGCCACACGAGUUGGCUCGUGCCGGAUUUUUUGCCACCGGGAGAGAAGACGGUGCACAGUGUUUUAGCUGUGGGAUUUCUCUCAAAGAUUGGGAAGCUGGUGACACCGCCGAGGGCGAACACAAGAGACACAACCCGUUUUGUUCAUUUCUGAGAGGACAAGACAGAACGAACGUGUUGCGCGCCUCCGCAUCAGCCUCGGCCUCAGUGGAAACGAGCGAACCUUCAAGAAAUUUUCAAUAUGAACAAAGUCGACUGGCAACGUUUGCGAAUUGGCCAAGAAAUGCUCCGGUGUCCCGCCAAGAUCUAGCCGAAGCUGGGUUUUACUAUGCUGGUGCUCGGGACUGUGUUGUUUGCUUUCAUUGCUAUGUCCGUAUCGACCAGUGGGUUCCAGGAGACGUUCCAGUCGAGGAGCAUAUCAAGUACUCUCCUCAGUGUGAAUUUGCAAAGGCCGUAUCGCAGAGAAAACGGCGAUACGCCGUGCCGGCGACCCCAAAUGCUGACGAAACUGCAGAGAGAAUGAAGAGUUAUGAACAGAGGCUCGUGUCGUUUCGAGACUGGCCGCGGACGGCGCAUGUGUCGGGCGAGAGUCUCGCGAGAGCGGGAUUUUAUUAUCUAGGAUCGGGAGAUCGGGUCAAGUGUUUCUCGUGCGGCGGAGCGUUGAAGGGAUGGCAGCAAGGCGACACGGCGUGGGGAGAACACUUGAAGUUUUUUCCGUCGUGCGACUUCGUACAGCAACACAGUCGGACGGUCGAGCGGUCACGUGACGAGCCGUGGACGGGACCUACUGCGCCUGUGGGACCUACUGCGCCGACGCAGCCGUCUAGUUUUCAUUCGUUUUCUACUAAUGUUUCGAAUCUCGUCGAGCAGGCCAUUGGUAUGGGCUUUUCCAGAGACUUGGCUCGUCGAGUGAUAGAACAACAGCAGGACACAAGCGAUGCGGACAUCACGGUUUACUUGGAUGCUUUGCUUAAUGCACAAGAACGAGACGAGAAAGCGCGUUUAUCAGCUGCUAGUCAAGGUAUGUCGGGACCGUCGUCUGCUACAAGUUUUAGCUCUGGAUCACACUUUUCGGCGGCUGCCGUGACUCCGACGGCGCCACCCGAGGCGGAGGCGUCUCGUCGUGAAUUGGAGCAUCUGCGCGACUCUUGCUUGUGUAAGGUCUGUCUAGAAAGAGACGCCGUAAUGCUCUUUCUUCCGUGCGCUCACAUCGUCUGUUGCGAGACGUGCGCAAAGCUCCUUGAAGAAUGUCCUAUUUGUCGAUCUGCAAUUACACAGAAAAUUCGCACUUACUUUUCUUGAAAUGUGUUGGAGUUAUUUGUAUCCAUAUUAUUGGAUGGAUAUUCGCUCUGAAUUGGAGUCCAUUUGUUCGCGAAUGUCACCGAACUGUUUUUUGUCUGGAGACCACUCGUUUCGAGCUUCAACUUGCAUUCAAGAGAAGAACUUGCCACUUGCGUUCAAGAGAAGAGAAUUGCGCAAAACAUACAACUGGAACUAAAACUUUGAAUAAUAAUUCUAUUACAUUCGCAGAAGGAAUGCUAAUUUUAUUUUAAAUUAGACAAAGUUUAUAUUUUGAUUGUAUUGACUCUGGCAUAGUUGUUGUACUGCUUUAUUAAAAUGUUCACCAGACACUUCAUUUGUCUAUCUUAGUCGUUAUAUUUACUUAUUUUGACAAUAUUAGUGUAACGUUCUUACGUACACAUUUGCAUGAGAAGGCAUGUAUAUAGUUAAUUAUUAAUUAAUUAAGUUGCGUUGCCAUAACUGGUCAAGCCUGAGUUGUGCUGC